AUGUCGCGCCUCUUUCUUGCCCUCUUUGCUGCUCUUGUUGUUCUUGCCUCUCGCUUUCUCUAUGGCCAUGCUGAGCAUGCUCACAUGGGCGACCAUAUUCUGCCCCAGUGCACAGCCUCUCAGCCAUACAGUCUGCGCUACACUGGGCUAGCCCCGCUCGACGCCCAGAUCUGCAACUAUGUCGUCGUCUUCCACUCCGUCCUCGUCCCCCAGAACGGCGCACACACUCCCAUCAUAUCCUACUUUGCUGCUGCAGGCGCUCCCUACGCCCUCCUCACCGUUCUCAACAGGUUCAGCAGGCCCAGAUUAGACCCGCUCGCAUACCCCACCCUCUGGCUUAUGGCCACCCAGAUCUUCUCCUUUGGUCUCACCUUUCCCAUCUACUCGUUUCUCUGGGUCUACACCUCCAACGGCCGUCUUCCCAUGCCCCUUCGCUCGUUCACCAGGGUUGACGCAGAGUCUGUGCUCUUUGCCAUGGUUCUUGGAGGCGCCAUCCCGUCCAUUGCCAUGGUCUACCUUCUCGACCCGUACAUCACAUGGCUCUGGCAAAUCUACCCCGUCUUCAUCUUUCUAUUCCGUCACCUCUACUUGCUCAUUCGCCCCCCAUCUGACUCUGCCCAGUCGGCGUUUCCGGUCUUGCGCUUCACAUAUAUAGCCACUUUCAUCGCCGCUCUGCUCAGCCACAUCGUCAUUGUCUGGCCCCUCUUUGCGGACUGGAGCGCUCUAAAGACCCUCAUUAUACCCUCGAUAACACCCCUCGAGCCCUCGGCCACACUUAGGCUGAUAGUCCUCCAUUUUUUGAAAUGGGACUUUCUCCUCGGAUACCUUGGCGCUGCUUUAGCCUCUCUGUGGUCCGCCCAAUCUCCAAAACAGUUACUUGCCAUGAUAGCCUGGUAUGUAUUCUCAAGUCCACUCAUUGGAAUCGGUGCCGCUUUCAUGGCUCUGGCAAUUUGGAGAGACGCCAGAGACCAAGGCUCUAUUAAUCUCGAAUAA